AUGGCGCUGCGCUCCUUCAGCCGCCUGCUCCCACCCGGAUGGGUCCCCGUCGUCUGCCGGCGCUGCUGCGGCGAUCCGUGGAGCCCCGCGGCGCUGCCGCCCGGCGGGUACGGGGUCUGGCAGGAGCGGGCGGCCCGCGACCCCGCCGGUUUCUGGGCGGAGGUGGCGCGGGGGGCCCUGCGUUGGGACAGCCCCUUCCACACAGCCUGCCAGGCCGGCCCGGCCGCCGGCACCGCUCGCUGGUUCCUCGGCGGCCGCCUCAAUGUCUCGGUAAAUUGUUUGGAUCAACACGUCGAAAAGUCACCGAACAGAGUGGCUUUGAUUUGGGAGAGAGAUGAGCCUGGCACUGCAGUGUAUGUAACAUACAGGGAACUUCUGGAUCUGACUUGCCGUCUUGCCAACACCCUGAAGAAAUAUGGGAUACAGAAAGGGGACAAGGUGGCCAUCUAUAUGUCUGUGUCUCCCUUGUCUGUGGCAGCCAUGCUGGCUUGUGCCAGGAUUGGUGCCAUUCACACUGUGAUCUUCGCUGGAUUCAGUGCGGAGUCAUUAGCUGGGAGGAUCAUGGACUCUGGAUGCAAAGCAGUUAUCACCUACAACCAAGGAGUAAGGGGUGGCCGAAUCAUAGAGCUGAAGACUACUGUGGAUGAAGCUGUGAAGAACUGUCCAAGCAUCAAACAUGUCUUUGUGGCGCAGAGGACAGAUAACAAAGUCCAGAUGGGUGACCGUGAUAUUCCCCUUGAGGAGGAGAUGGCCAAGGAAGCUUCUGUGUGCACUCCAGAGAGCAUGGACAGCGAAGACAUGCUUUUCAUGCUGUACACCUCUGGCAGCACUGGGAAACCCAAAGGAAUUGUUCACACCCAGGCUGGAUACCUGCUGUACGCUGCUAUGACGCACAAGUAUGUAUUUGACUACCAGCAAGGCGAUGUUUUUGGCUGUGUGGCUGACAUUGGCUGGAUCACGGGACAUAGCUAUGUUGUGUAUGGACCACUCUGCAAUGGAGCCACCUCUGUCCUGUUUGAAAGCACUCCAGUGUAUCCCGACCCAGGUCGUUACUGGGAAGUAGUACAAAGGUUGAAAAUUAAUCAGUUUUAUGGAGCACCUACAGCUAUACGCUUGCUACUGAAUUAUGGUGAAGAGUGGGUGAAGAAAUAUGACAGAUCUUCCUUGAAGACCUUGGGGUCAGUGGGAGAGCCCAUCAACAACGAAGCUUGGCAGUGGUUUUACCACGUGGUGGGAGAAGGUCGCUGCACCCUUGUGGACACAUGGUGGCAGACAGAAACUGGUGGCAUCUGCAUUGCCCCACGACCUUCAGAGGAGAAAGCUGAGAUUGUUCCGGCUAUGGCUAUGAGACCUUUCUUUGGGAUUGUGCCAGUGCUUAUGGAUGAGAAUGGAAAGGUUAUAGAGGGAAAUGAUGUAUCUGGUGCACUUUGCAUUGCCCAGCCAUGGCCUGGCAUGGCAAAAACUAUCUAUGGAGAUGACCAGAGAUUUGUUGAUGCCUAUUUCAAAGCUUACCCAGGUUACUACUUCACAGGGGAUGGUGCUUACAGAAACAAGAAAGGCUAUUACCAGAUAACAGGGCGUAUGGAUGAUGUCAUUAACAUCAGUGGACACAGGCUUGGGACAGCAGAGAUAGAAGAUGCAAUGGCUGAUCACCCUGAGGUCCCUGAGAUAGCUGUGAUUGGGUAUCCACACAAGAUCAAAGGAGAAGGUGCCUUUGCUUUCAUAGUGCUGAAGGAGCAGACAGCUCAUACAGACCGUGUCAAAGAGGAGCUCAGAACCAUAGUGGCUUCCAAGAUAGCAAAAUAUGCUGUGCCUGACCACAUUCUGGUGGUGAAACGUCUUCCUAAAACCCGGUCAGGGAAGAUCAUGAGAAGGCUUCUGAGGAAAGUAGUCACUGAACAAUCAGACAGCAUGGGAGACAUCACCACACUUGAUGAUCCAAACGUUGUCAAGGAGAUCCUGGAUGCUUAUCAGAAAUAUAAGAAUUCCUUAUAGCAGGCAGCUUUGAAAUCUCUUGCCUCUGGAAAUGUGGAAAUCUCAAAUAACCAGACAAAUUACAGUUCUCUCUUGAUGUUUUUUGGGUUUUUUUUGUUUUUUUUUAAAUGUUGUUACCUUGUAGGGGAACAAGAUUUUCUGCUCCACAACAUAUUUUCAGAUGCACAGAGGUGGGAGCAAUCUGCAGCUUUGCACAGUCAGUGCCAUUUUCACUUCUUUUAGUGCUUUUGUAGGGUAGCCAUUGGUUUCCAUUAUCUAUGAUGAAAUUUAAUGCUAGCUGAAGCAAGAUGCAGAUGGUAAUGUUUCUCAUUUUAAUGUUACUGUGCAGGGAAAUGUUUUUAUACAAUACUUCGGUUGUUUUAAAAGAGGCUCUAGAAUACUCUUUUCCUUCAGCUUCUGAGUUGAACUCAGUAUCAGAGUUCAAGUAGCUGAAUUUCACUGCAACUGUGGUGCCUUUUCAGUAAUGGUGGGUGUUCUGGUAGAUAUUUCACAUGUAUCAUUAGGGAAUUGAGCAGGACAUGAUUACUCCAAUAACUCUUUCUUGAGUUUAUUCAGUUGUUCUAAUACCUCCUUUGGUUUUCUUCAUAAGGAUUUGUUCCUACCACUUUAUGUCCUGGGAACUGCCAGAGAUGGUGAGUCUGUGUCCCUUCAUGUCCCACCUAGGCAACCCAGCACCAACAUUUCUAGCUGCAAAACUGAGCCACAAAGCCUACUGCUGGACCUCCUACCUGUCCUGAGUGCACUGCCAGUUGCAGGAGGGGUCUAGUCCUAUCUCCUUUUAUUCUGCCUUGAGAAACUGAGAUCACUAACUGGGUUUUUAAAGCAACUGUCCUCUUCCUCAUCAGUGAUGACAACUGGAUUAAUGCUGUCCACUCUGUUUCACUUGGGUAUAUUAGGAGUGUUGGUGUACAACUGGUAGGUAGAUCUUUGUUUUCAGCUGGUGAUUUUUUAAGUGCCUUGGUUUCUUGGAAGUUGCUAUGACAAGGGACAAGGUUUGCUUGCUGUCUGAGAAGCAUAGGGAAACAAAAUCCUGCAGUGUUCAAGAGAGAUUUGAAGCUGAGAGACAUGUUCUGGAGUGUGGAUUGUGACGUUCCAAGCUGACGUCCUCUGACCUAGGAAUGGUUAUUUUAUCCCACUCCCAAAAGGGCAUGUAAUCUUGUUUGCUCCAACAAAGACAGACACCCAGUUUGGAGGUAGGUUGAUUCUCCUGUCAGAAGUUAUGACUUAAUGCUUAUUGUUUAACGUUGGGUCCUAUGUCUGCCCCUUCUGCAUGCUGCAUGUGCUCAUCUUCCAAAGAGUUAAGUGCUACAUGGGUACCUGUAAAUUGCACAGUCUACAAAGCAGAAGGAAGUGCCUCUUAGAUGUCUUCUGGAAAGCAAUGGUAGCAUUCCAGACCAGCAACCUCAGAAUAGCAGGGAACAAUACUCUUUGUCUUUGAUGUGCUUUGAAAAUUGGAACUAACAUAGGCAGUUCUUUAUUUCUGGACUCAUUUUAACAUGAACACAGUGUGCCCUUGCUGCCAGGAAGGCAAAUGGAAUCCUAAGCUGCAUAAAGAAGAGUGUGGCCAGUAGGUCAAGGGAGGUCCUUCUCACCCUCUACUUUGCCCUGGUAAGGCCACAGCUGGAAUACUGCAUCCAGUUCUGGGCUCCCCAAUUCAAGAGAGACAGUGAACUACUGGAGAGUCCAGUGGAGGGCAACAAAGAUGAUUGGUGAAUUGGAGCAUCUCUUAUAUGAGAAAAGGCCGAGAGAGCUGGGACUCUAGCCUGAAGAAGAGAAGGCUGAGAGGAAACCUUGUUAAUGUUCACAAGUAUCUAAAGAGUGGAUGCAAGGAAGCUGGAGCUGGACUCUUCUCAGUAAUUCCCAGUGACAGGAUGAGGGGCAAAGGGAACCAGCUGGAACAUGCAAAG